AUGCCGCUCAACCUCGCCUGGGAGGAAGCAAUCCUCUCCAAGGGAACUUUGAUCUCUGUCCUUGCUGGUCUCUUCUUUCUCUUGAUCUCAUUCAAAACACCCGCUAUUCGUCCGAAAGGAUGUCGGCGCUUAGGGCUCCCGCCAGGAACGAGCAAUCUGCGCGAUGAAUACGAUUCAAAAUACAGCCAAGGUGUCCCUGUCGGCCAAGAUGAUCAAGGCCGACCAUCUUGGCGUGUUAAAGCAUUGUUCAGCUAUCCUUUGAAGUCAUGCCGUGGAGUCGAACUGCAAGCCUCAAAUGUAGUUCCUACCGGACUUGAAUACGACAGGCAAUUCACAUUUGCAGGAUACAACAAUGACAAAUGGAACAUCCGCACUCUGCGCAACAAAGACUUUAAUCGUCUUGCACUGGUCGAGCCGGAGAUUUGGGUCCCCGAUCCAUCUGCGCACGACUAUGACCCCAACUCCGCCGAAGUGCAGUCUAGAGGUGUGAUGGUCAUCUCCUACCCGCGCAUCGCGCCAAAAGGAAUGUAUGGACAAGUGGUGAGAGCUGGUAUGGCGCUCAACAUCUGUGAUCGCCAACGCCAAUUCCAAGUUCCAUUACACCCGUCCGCAGACUCCAAGUUCCCACAGGUCCCAGUGAAGAUAUGGAAGGACAGCCCCAUCGCCCUGGACUAUGGCGCCCUUAUUCCAGACUCCCUGCAUGAAUUCUUGGACUCCGAUCCCUCCAAGAAAACCCUGACCCUCUUCCGCGCGAGCCCGUCGCACCCACGCGAGAUCUUCCGCAACGCGCCCACCAAAGAGGACAUAGGGUUCCAGCCCAACACUGCGUUUGCAGAUGCCUACCCAAUUCACCUGCUCAAUAUGUCCAGUCAUAGAGAUGUGGCCUCGCGCUGCGCCUAUGCCAUCCCUCAACUGAGCAUCCAGCGCUUCCGUGCGAACAUCGUUGUCCAAGGGCCGUCUGCGUUUGAGGAAGACCAUUGGAAACGGGUUUCCAUCGGCGGCACUGAAAUAUACACCUCGUGUCGCACGGUUCGAUGUCGGUUACCGAAUGUUGACCCGGUCACUGGGGAUCGACACAAGGCGGAGCCGGAUAAAACGCUGAAGUCAUAUCGGAGAAUUGAUGAAGGGGAUCCGACGAAUGCCUGCUUGGGGAUGCAGCUUGUUCCCUCAAAAGGAGAAUUUGUUUUGCGGGUUGGAGACAAGCUUGAAGUUCUUGAGACUGGGUUGCAUCAAUACAUCAAGAUGUUGGCCCCCGGCGAACAGGUUGAGGGCGUCUGA